AUAGCCUUUAGUGUUAGCGUUUUCAAAAUUAAUUUGCAUCCUUAAAAUUUUAUUUAAUGGAAAACACUGUUCCUGUGGAAAGCCGUGCGGGAAGGUGAGAAUGGGGAACCAAAAUGGGUGGUGGGGGCGGCGUAAGCUGCAACCGUGCAAUUGGUGGGAAAAGCCCGGCGGGGCCUUUGGAUUCCAAUUUUUCUCGGGAUUCUUCUCCCCUCCGCCGGAAAAAGCCGAGCUCGCGGCCGCGCAUCACCGAGCUUUGUCCUGCUUCCCGCUUCUUCGCCCUCAGCCGCACCAAAUAUUUUGAGGUUGGAGUCAAGUACCUGGUGAAAGUUGAUUUUUCUGCAAAAAAAUCUAUUUAGAAGAUUUUUUGGGUUAUAUAUUGAGUGACAGCAUUGGAGUUCAAAGGUUAAGAGAUGGAAGCUGAUGGGAAUGGUGUUCUGAAAACACCACUGCUGCAGGAUCCGGAUGACGUGAGAAUCACUAUUCAUCCGACAAAUGCUGAUACUUAUAAGAAAGUUAGGACUCUCACAUUCAAAAUAGGCGGCAUAACGUGUGCAUCUUGUGCUACAUCGAUAGAAACUGCAGUGGGAGGGCUAGAUGGGGUUCAAAGCAUUAUGGUGUCUCCUCUCCAAGGCCACGCUGUUGUUAAAUUUGUUCCAGAACUUAUCAGUGCAAUGAAGAUAAAAGAAGCCGUGGAAGAUGCGGGCUUUGAGGUUAAUGAGUUUCCUGAAGAUAAUGCUGUAUGUCGGAUCAGAAUUAAAGGAAUGGCUUGCACAAGCUGUUCCGAAUCUGUUGAGCGAGCACUUUCAACGGCUGAAGGAGUAAAGAAAGCUGUUGUUGGUUUAGCUCUUGAAGAAGCUAAAGUCCACUAUGAUCCAAACCUUACCGACACUAACCAUAUCGUUGAGAUAAUAGAAGAAGCUGGCUUUGGAGCUGAACUGAUAAGCUCAUGCAGCGAUUCAAGUAAAAUACAUUUUAAAGUAGAAGGAGUUGAUGCUCUGGAUCAGUGGAGUGAAGUUAAACUUUCACUUGAGUCUUCGGAAGGUGUAAGUCAAGUUGAAAUUGACUUUCAAGAGCAUGUACUGACAAUUAAUUAUGAACCGGAUACAAUUGGUCCUCGAACUCUUAUUCAGUGCAUCAAAGAUUCUGGUCAUGGAGGUGAUUCUUAUCAUGUGAGCCUGUACACUCCACCCAGGGGGCGUGAAACAGAGAGAGAACGUGAAACCCAAAUGUAUAAGAAUCUAUUUCUAUAUAGCUGCAUAUUUUCAGUUCCCAUAUUUGUUUCCUCUAUGGUGCUUCCAAUGGUUCCACCCUAUGGGAAUUGGUUAGACUAUAAAGUUGUCAAUAUGCUCACAGUUGGGGUACUUCUAAGAUGGGUUCUUUGCACUCCCGUGCAGUUUAUAAUUGGCCGAAGGUUUUAUGUGGGAUCAUAUCAUGCACUUAAGCGACAGUCUUCAAAUAUGGAUGUUCUAGUGGCAUUGGGCACCAACGCUGCAUACUUCUAUUCUGUAUACAUAAUGAUAAAAGCUUUGACUUCACAUUCAUUUGAGGGACAAGAUUUCUUCGAGACCAGUGCCAUGUUGAUUUCCUUUAUUCUUUUGGGAAAAUAUCUUGAGGUUCUGGCCAAAGGGAAGACAUCUGAUGCUUUGGCAAAGCUAACUGACCUUGCUCCUGAAACAGCCUACCUAUUGACACUGGAUGGAGCUGGAAAUGUCAUAUCGGAAAUUGAAAUGAGUACUCAGCUAAUACAGAAGGGCGACAUACUUAAAAUUGUCCCAGGUGCAAAGGUUCCUGUUGAUGGCAUAGUUAUUAAUGGUCAGAGUCAUGUGAACGAGAGUAUGGUCACAGGAGAAGCAAGACCAGUUGAUAAAAAAAUUGGUGAUAAGGUGAUUGGUGGAACUGUGAAUGAGAAUGGAUGCAUAUUGAUUAAGGCCACUCAUGUUGGUUCUGAGACUGCUCUUUCACAAAUUGUCCAAUUAGUUGAAGCUGCACAGCUUGCAAGAGCACCUGUUCAAAAGCUGGCUGAUCAGAUAUCGAGAUUUUUUGUUCCUACGGUUGUUGUAGCGGCAUUUGUGACAUGGGUGGCAUGGUUUAUCCCCGGAGCAUUGGGUUUGUAUUCCAAAAGCUGGAUACCAGAAGGCAUGGAUGCAUUUGAGCUUGCAUUGCAAUUCGGUAUAUCCGUGUUGGUGGUUGCAUGCCCGUGUGCUCUUGGAUUGGCUACUCCCACUGCAGUAAUGGUUGCCACAGGAAAAGGGGCCUCUCAAGGUGUUCUUAUCAAGGGUGGAAGUGCUCUUGAGAAAGCACAUAAGAUAAAGAUGGUGGUCUUUGAUAAGACUGGAACAUUGACAGUUGGAAAACCUGCUGUGGUUAGUGUUGUGCUUUUCGCCGGUUUUUCUAUGGAGGAGUUGUGUGAUUUAACUAUAGCUACGGAGAUGAAUAGUGAACAUCCGAUAGCAAAAGCCAUAGUGGAGCACGCAAAGAGCGUACGCCAAAAAUGUGGGACCCGAAAUGGACGCUUUCCGGAUGUUCAUGACUUUGAGGUGCACUUAGGAGCUGGAGUCAGUGGAAGAGUGGGAGACAGAAAAGUUUUAGUUGGAAACAAGAGGCUCAUGUGCUCUUUUCAUGUUCCGGUUGGGAAUGAGGUUGAGAAAUACAUUUCUGAGAACGAGCAGCUUGCUCGUACAUGUGUGUUGGUUGCCAUUGAUGGAAGAGUAGCUGGAGCCUUUGCUGUAACUGAUCCAGUUAAGCCCGAGGCUUCCCGUGUCGUAUCUUUUCUCCAAUCAAUGAAGAUCACAAGCGUCAUGGUGACCGGUGAUAACUGGGCAACUGCUAAUGCUAUAGCAAAGGAAGUUGGAAUCCAGCAUGUGUUUGCUGAGACUGAUCCCUUGGGAAAGGCAGAUAAAAUCAGGGAGUUGCAGUUAAGAGGUGGUGGCGUGGCAAUGGUGGGGGAUGGCAUAAACGACUCCCCGGCAUUAGUUGCAGCGGAUGUUGGCAUGGCAAUCGGCGCAGGCACAGAUGUAGCCAUUGAAGCUGCUGACGUGGUUCUCAUCAAGAACAAUCUAGAAGACGUGAUCACGGCCAUAGACCUUUCCAGAAAGACAAUGUCCCGCAUCAGGCUCAACUACGUGUGGGCACUGGGGUACAAUGUCCUUGGCAUGCCUGUGGCGGCGGGUGUGCUGUACCCCUUCGCCGGAAUCCGGUUGCCGCCUUGGCUUGCUGGUGCAUGCAUGGCUGCGUCGUCUAUCAGCGUCGUUUCUUCCUCUCUGCUUCUGCAGUCCUACAAGAAGCCUCUUUCUAUUCAAGGUUGAGUGCGUCGUCCACCACUAAUUUGUACAUGGCAUUAUAUGAUACCGAGGACACUCCCUUCGUUCUUAAACAACGGUCUAUUAUAACUUUUUUACACACAUGAAUGUGGACACACUGUAUGUCCUUGUUCAUUCAAAUUAAUGAACGGAUGGAGUAAUAUACUAUCUCGGUUUUC